CGCAGCAGCAGCGGGAGGCUCGGGCCAUGGCCGCCGACGUGUUCAUGCGGCCGGGCCGGCUCCCCGGGGCGGCGGGGCCCGUGUCGCGGCGGGCGGAGCCGGACGAGGACUCCUCGGACACGGACGAUGGGGGCUCCCCGGCGGGGCGGCGGCCCGGGCCGCGGCGGGGGCAGCCCGCGGGGCCCCAGAUCAUCCACUCGGGCCACUUCAUGGUCUCGUCGCCGCACAGCGAGCACCCGCCCAAGAAGGGCUACGACUUCGACACGGUCAACGAGCAGACGUGCCAGACCUACCGCUUCGGGGCGGCGCGGGGCGGCGGCGGGGCCGGGGGGCGCCUCAGCAUCGACGCCUCCCUCACCAAGCUCUUCGAGUGCAUGAGCCUGGCCUACAGUGGGAAGUUGGUUUCGCCAAAAUGGAAGAAUUUUAAAGGCUUAAAACUUCAAUGGAGGGAUAAAAUUCGUCUCAACAAUGCCAUCUGGAGGGCAUGGUAUAUGCAGUACCUGGAGAAACGCAAGAACCCAGUGUGCCAUUUUGUGACUCCACUAGAUGGCUCUAUUGAUGUAGAGGAACAUCGGCGGCCUGAAGCAAUUGCAACAGAAGGGAAAUAUUGGAAACGAAGAAUCGAAAUAGUCAUCAGGGAAUAUCACAAGUGGAGAACAUACUUCAAGAAAAGGUUACAGAAACACAAAGAUGAAGACCUUUCAAGCUUGGUGCGGGACGAUGAUGUGGUUCUCUGGCAUCAGAGUAGAUAUGGCAGAGAAACCCCCGUCCCCAUGGAGGAAGAUUCCUUUCUGGAUGCAGAUAUGCUUAUGUCUGAGUUCACGGAUACCCUCUUCUCUACGCUUUCUUCACAUCAGCUGAUUGCCUGGCCAAAUCCCAGAGAGAUAGCACACUUAGGAAAUGCUGACAUGAUUCAGCCAGGACUUAUCCCUCUCCAGCCAAAUCUAGAUUUCAUGGAUACUUUUGAAUCUUUUCAGGAUCUGUUCUCAUCCAAUCGCUCUGGCAACUUUUUCUCUUCUGUCCCUGCUGCCAGUUCUGCGAUGACAGAUACCAGCAGCCAUUCUUCCCAGUCUUCUGUCCUGCCCUCGGGUUCUUUACCCAGCACACUCCCAACAGUGAACCUCAAUGAAGGAUUGAUUGCCUCAUCGGUACCUGCUCCUGUCAUUCCUGAUGUUGGUGCUAACCAAUGCUCCAACAUUAGAAGUGAGGGCUCUUUCAUCCAGCCAUCAGACUUCAAUUCCGAUUCAUCUCUAAGUGGCCAGCAGCCAUUUCUUCCGGUGUUCCCAGCUCCAGUGUCGCUGCUGCAGCCCGCUGUCCCACCACACCAAGCCGCUUUGCCCACGGUGCCUCUGAAGGCCAGCUUGAAUUCCCAGCCAUCUGCUUUUACUGCUCCAGAAACCCAAAAGUCUGGCCUCCGCAAAUCUUCCAUUGUUACCCACACGGCUUCUGCCACCCUGACCCACAACCCCUCUGCUACCACCUUCAGCCAGAGCCAGAACCUCAUCCUGGCAACGCAGCAGCCAGGCGGAGGAGUGCCUUGUAACCUAACUCUACAGACUGCUGUUGUGCAGGGGCAGCCCCGGCCUCAGCUGCAACCCCACCUGACGUUUGCACUCCCUAAAGCCGUUCCCCUGGCGAAUGCUGGAACGAGGCCCAAACAGCCACAAAAAAUAGUGCCUGCUCCAAAGCCUGAAACGGUGUCCUUAGUAUUAAAAAAUGCCUUCAUCACCCCAGCUGCCUUUCAGGGACAGUCCAGAGCUGUGAUCGUAACCCCAGCACCUUUAAAAAGAGAGGGGAUUUUGACUCCGGCCAUGUCUCCACCUAGUGUUGUAAUUGCACCAGCUGCAAUUCCCAGAGCUCCCGGGGUGAUGGAAUUCCAUAAUAACAUUCUGGUUGGUCAAGCACAGCAAGCUCCAAGUAACCAGCAAGUGCAGUCCACAGUCUCGCAUCUCUUCUCUCCUAGUGCAGUCCAAGAAGUGAAAGGAGAGCAAAUCCCUUACCUCAGUACCUGUUCACAAGUUCCCUCACCUACACCUAGCCGAGAUUGUCAGAAUUCAGGACAGGCCUCUCCCUGCCCAUCUGAACAAAGCCCCAGUCCUCAGUCUCCACAGAAUAAUUGCUCAGGAAAAUCCACAACUGACCCUCAGAUGGCUGCAUUUAAGAAUCGAAGGAUGAAGCAUAUUUCAGCAGAACAAAAGAGAAGAUUUAAUAUCAAGAUUGGUUUUAGCACCCUGAACAGCUUGGUAUCAGCUAACUCUAAGUCAAUCAGCCAUGCAAUCACGCUCCAGAAGACUGUGGAAUAUAUCACUAAACUACAGCAGGAGAGAAUGCAGUCACAAGAGGAAACUAGGCGCCUCCGGGAGGAGAUUGAGGAGCUAAAUGCUACCAUCAUUUCUUGUCAACAGCAGCUCCCUGCUACCGGGGUUCCCAUAACCCGACAGAGAUUUGAUCACAUGCGGAGUAUGUUUGAUGAGUAUGUGAGAAACAGGACCCUCCAGAACUGGAAGUUUUGGAUUUUUAGUAUCAUCAUUAAGCCAUUGUUUGAGACCUUCAAUGGAAUGGUGUCUACGGCCAGUUUAGAGGACCUGAACCAGACUGCAAUGGCGUGGCUGGACGAGCAUUGUUCGCUCCGUGUUCUGAGGCCAAUGGUGCUGAACACCCUUCGGCAUCUCAGUACAACCACCUCGAUUCUGUCAGAUCCGUCACACCUGCCAGAGCAAGCCACUGAGGCAGUUUGUAAGAUCAACAAAACAGCUGGGGAAACCUAACAGUCACAAAUGAUGAGUUGCCUAAACAAGACGUGAAGAAAGGGCCAGCCUCACAGACGUGUGAGUUUCCUUACAGUCGGUGCACUUUAGAAAGGACAUUGUUCAGAGCAUUUUGCCUCUGGCUCCUGAACAUGUAGAGAUACAAUGCAACAUUGUCUAAUGUUUGGCUUCCUCUUCAAUACCUGUUAGGUUCAGUUAAGUGAGAAUGCCAACCUCAGAAACAUAAGUAGGCUAGAGUCCUGCAUUCAGCAAUAAAAAAUCUCCAUCAGUGAAGCAUGAAUAAAUACACAGGGAGCAUCUUUGCAUAAAAUGACUUCAAGUACUAAACAAGGUGUAAAUUCGCUACACCUAGGAACAAUUUGUUAAAGGGAAAUGCACGUUUGAUUUCAUGAAAGGUAAUGUGCUUUUUCAUUUUAUUACCUGGUGUUCAAUUUCUUUGUUGUUUUACUUGAACAGUAAAAGUUGAUAAAAAGAAUGAUCAACAUAUUAAUAACCAAAGGAGAAAAAAAGUUAAUCAAAGAUACAAAAUUGUGGUAAAAUACUAGAAUUAAAAUCUCAGGUUGUGUAUGUAUCUUUAUUCUAGUUCAGUAUAUUAUUUGUAUAUGAUCAUUUGGAGGGCAUGCUUUAUUUCCUAGCAAAUAAAGUAGCAGAUGUUUUCGUAGAACUUUUUUUCCUGAUUCAGUCAGUACAAGUGAGUAGCAGGACAGUUUGGCAAGUACAAGAGAACAAUUUAUCUUUAAUUUGUGUGAAUUCUUUACUUGUAAAUAUAGACAUGAAUUUCCUUACAGGCUUAAACUGUAAACUAUUUUUUCUUACAUGCUGCAGAGUCGAACUCUCCAUCAUAAGACAUGUGCACAGAUGAUGCUGUAAUGCUUUAGAGACAGAAACUGAGUUUGUAAUGCUAGGAAAUAGGCAUUUAUGUUGUCACAGAAAUUAGAUCAAUCCACAUGUACUCAUAAGCUAUCCCCCACUCCUGUGUCUUCUUUGCUUAUCUCCCCUGCUUCAAUGUCCCUGCCCUAAAUCCUAAACUCGAAAGAUUUAGGUCACGGUUGUCAAUCUUUAAGAGGCUUGCGUCCAACAUAAAACUUAGAACACCACUUGUUUGAUAUCUGAAACAUGACAUCAUUCACCGUGACUGUUCCAGUAAGUGUCUGACAUAACUAUAGAUGGACCUGAGCCUCACUAGUCAUUAGCAAUGUGGUCAUCACCAUAGUGCUAGCAACUUCUGGCCAACAGUAGCUCAUGCAGAUCGUUCCUGUCCACAUUAGGAUUAACCUGUGUGGGGUAGGGUGUAUGUAUGUGCCAUUGGCGAAUUAGGAGGAGUAGGCAUAAACAUGGAGACUCUUGACCCAUGAUUUGUAGGCCUUCUCUUGCAAUGCCUUCUCCACAGCUCUUGUCAUGGAGGGUCUGCAAAACUGACUUUCUUUGGUUGGAGCAAAGCUGGAGCAGAACAUGUGCUUCGAGCCCUCCCAGCUUUGGGGUUUGUUCCUUGCCAGUGCCUUUGCCCAGCACCUUGCUCCCCAGUGUUGCUCUCAGCCUGUGUGCUGGGGACAGGGUUUGGCUUGUAGCUAACACGUUACUCUGCUGCAUCUCUGUAAUGAAGUCUAAAAACAUGAUCCUUUAUAGCUAACCCCCUGGACCUUAAAGUAGAGGCACUAUGUAAAGCUUAAGUCUUCUGUUGAGGUUCUGAUGCUGCACUCAUCACUCUGGUAUCUGAGCUCCUGCUUUUCAAUACACUGUGAAAAACUAAAUGAUUUGUUGCUUAGCUACUGGCAUAUAACCACCUAAGCAGGGAGCUGUACUGUGCACAGCUAGGGAAAUGCCUAGUGGUGUCUGCUUUCACAGUGACGGGUAACUCCAAUAAUGUAAUUACAUGUCUGAGCGGGUUUGUUUUGUGUUCCACUCCAUGAAUUAACUUCAUCUGCAAAAGAAGUGAGCCUUCAGGCCAUUGACUAGAUUUUGUAUCUGGUUCAAAAUUUGAGGUCCCAGGAGUUUACCAAACUCUCAGGUCAGUUUUCAUGGCAAAAAAAAAUAAAUAAAUCAUUAAACUCAGCACAACUUCUUAAUAACCCUGACAAUUCCACUACUUUCUAGAGAGAAGUUAUUAGGAACCAUGUUAACAAUCCAGGUAAAGCCAAAUGAUCUCUUCCCUUGGUACCUUUCCUUCCAGUUUCAAAAACAAGCUGCAUUGAGAUGGGCAGCUCUUGUACACUGACAGUGGUUAGCUAGAGAGCAGACUGCAAAUAAUUUGAUAUUACACAUUCUAAAAUAUUUUCAGGGAUUUUACAUUAGGAAGCAACUCUUCGCUUUCUCUACCGUAUAACUUUCCAUUUGGAGGGUCAAGCUUUCAAAAGCUACCUAUGAAAUGAACUGCAGGAUUUCCCUGUCCUGAGUUUUUGCAUUCUCAACUUUUCACAGCUGAGUUUUUGCACAUGCCGAACAUCAGUUGUGGUGGAAAUGGCAUUUGUGCAGGCAAAUCAAGAGACCUUUUGCUACCCAUUUAUAUACCUAAACUUUACACACACCUCUGAGAUUUUUGCAGCUGUGGAAAAACUGCAGUCACCGCUGUAGAGCUAGCAGUUGAAGGCCCUUUGAAAAUGUAGGCCUAGACUUUAUUGAAAUAGUACAUAGAGGUGGUUGUUCAGCGGUGAAGUGGCUUUUCUACCUAUAUACUCAGGCCUAGACGUGCAGUACAAUCUAUUAGUAAAAUAAGCAAUAUCGUUUGGUAUCCAGCUGAAUAAAUGGUGCUAUAUAAAUGUAAGAUCUUUUCUAUCGAUGCCUGUAUUCAUCCUUCAUUUUAUUAAUGAUCUUGAACUUCUGUCUAACAAAAUCUUUGACAUGGUGAUUAGCUAGGUUCCCCCCAACUUCCUCAUUUACACAUCUAUCUUAUUGAUAUGCAUAUUUGCAUGUCCAAAUACGUAUCUGGUGACGUUGUCUCCAGUCUGCAUGGUAGAUAUUGUGCCUGGUUCUUACCUCAUCCCAGUGUAAAUUGGGAGUAAAUGCACUGAAGUCAAUGUGAAGUGUGAUCAUAAUCAAGCUUUCCCUCAACAUGCGAGAUGUACUAAGGGCCUGUUAGAAAGCUCGUGGAAGUCUUUCUGCUGACUUCCAGGAGCUUUGGCUCAGACCCUAAAGAGUUCCACCCCAACUCCCAUUGAAAUCAAUAGAAGGCCUCACAUUGACUGCAUUGGUAUCCUAAAGGAACAUGAAAGGAUAUUGUGACUGAGCUACUUAAAAUUUAUCAGGUUACCACUUUUUUAUCUUGAAGUCUACUAAAAACCAUCGAAUCUCACUGCACAGCCGAGCAGAUUAAAACGGGACAGAUAGGGUGUAUCUAGUUAGUUGCAGGGGAAACACAGAACAGUUCUGCUUGCUGCACAAAGAUCAGCAGCACUUUAUCUUUUUUUUAUUAAAAAUUGCUGACUUUGGCAGGCAGGAAGGGGAAAAGUGUAUGAGGGAGAAGAAAAAAGUAUACAAACUUUUCAUUCUGUCUGGCAUUUACCAGAAAUCAUCUGCUUUCCUAAAUCCUUUGAGUCGAACAAAUACCCAUGACGCAUGGAGACUUGAACAAUAAGAUCUUGCCCCUUAGUGAAGGUUAAUAAUUCUGAGAACCCUUUGCCACCUAAUUUCUGUAAAUCUGAACUCUCAUUUGUUUAUUUCAGACUCCAUGUUUUAUCACAUUCAGUCUAGUGACAGUGCUUAUUGAGUGCACUGGAAACUGGACUGGGAGUUUAUAGACCUUGGUUCAAUUCCUGGCUCUGUCUCUGUUUUGCUGUGGGCCUAGUCGCUUACCUCUGCCUCAGUUUCUCCAUCUGUAAAAUGGGGAUAAUGAUACUUCAUCUUUUGUAAAGCAGUUAGUAUUUUUACAGAGCUUUUCUUUAGAUCUCAAAGUAUUUUUAUGAAGUUAUGAAAAGAGAUUUACCCAAUUUAUAUGAAUUGCAGUGUAAAUCUCUCUGCUCUAAGCUUGAACUUUGUAUUCUAUUUCUGCUCACCAGCUAAGGGGUUUAAAUAACACAUCUCUCAAAAAGAGGAUUUCUGCCCAAAGCAGUUGCACUCUCCCUUAGUUUAACGAGUUCCAAUUCAGUUCCGUGUGGCACCAAACAGAGGCUCUCAACCAGUCCCCACCAUCUGUCUGCAGUUUACAGAGAAUUUCAGGUGACACUUACCGUCUACCUCGCCUUCAGUGGCUUCAUACUGUGGAUUUGGCUCCCAAAGAAUCUGUAGUGCUCAGAUUCAUUCUUAGCUUCCCUAAAAGCCAAACACAAGCUAUGCUUUACUCAGACUCAAAUUAUUGGGCUCAGUACAAGGGUAUCUGGGUGAAAUAAUGGCCUGUGAUGUACUAGAUCAGCGUUUCUCAAACUGGGGUCCAUGGGCCCCGCUGAUCAACUCCUCCCCCUCCCUCCUAGCGCCUCCUGCACGUCAGGGAAGUGUUCCCUGGUGUGCAGGAGGUGCUGGGAGGGAGGGGGAGGAGUGGGGACAGGGUGCACCCAGGGGAGGGGGCAGAAAGAGGCAGGGAAGAGGAGGGGGAGGGGU